UUCCAGGAUCAUUUUCAGAAGAAUUUUCUAAUGGCUACCUCCUAGGAGAACUUCUACACAAAUACGGUCUUCAGGAUGACUUUAAUCAAUUUUCAGAGAGCAGGGUUGCAAAUGCAAAACUUAACAAUUUUUCUCGCCUGGAGCCCACGCUUCACCUCCUUGGUGUACAGUUUAAUGAGAAUGUGGCCCAAGACAUCAUGACAGGACGGCAUGGGGCUGCAACAAAGCUUUUAUAUGAAUUGUAUGUUGCUUUACAAAAAAAGAGAAAGGCAAAGCUCACUAGAGUAGCCAUGGAAGCAACGAGACCUGCAGCAACUGCAAAGCUUAAGUCUAUUAAAAGUGUUUUGUAUCAAGAGCAUCUCAUAGGAAGAAGGAGACAAAAUGAAAUAAUGGCCAGGAUUCGAGCAGCCGUUAUACAGGUUCCAAAGCCACCACCAAGCCACGGCAUAAAAGCUAUUGAAGCCAAAAAAUUCUUAAAGAAGAAAAGAGAAGCAGAGGACACAUACAAGGAGAUUAAAAAGUUUGAGAAGUCUAUAGCAGCAAAUGCCUCUGCAGUACACAGCCAAGUCACUGACAGCAGUAUACAAGAACCAUUGCAAACCCAGAAGCUGCAAGAAACAACUCUAGAAACUGCAGCACAAACAGCAACUGAGCUGUUAAAUAUUUAUUCAGAUGAUGAAUAUAUAAGGAAAACUCAAAAACAUUUAGAGGAAGAUACAUUUGCUAGAGAACAACGAGACAAGAGACGACGAAAAAUGCUAAUGGAACAGUUAAUAACACAUGAAGCUGAACAGGAGGCAUACCGGGAGGAGCAACUUAUUUACAGACUAAUGAGGCAAUCUCAGCAGGAGCGGAGGAUUGCUGUUCAACUCAUGCACGUUCGACAUGAAAAAGAGGUGUUAAGGCAAAACAGAAUUUUCAGGGAAAGACAAUAUGAAGAAAGACGACUGAAGGAGUUCCAGGAAGCUCUUGAUAGAGAAGUGGCUCUUGCAAAACAAGAAAAAAUUGAUUAUGAGGACCAAAUUAUCAAAGAAAGAGAACGUCAUGAGAAAAUUGCCGUUGAAAGAGCUCAGGCACGUUAUAAAAAGCAUUAUUCUAUAUGUUGGGAAGUGAUCGACCAAAUCAUUGAUUUGUCAACAAAAAUAGGAGAAUAUCGUCUGCUGACAAACAACAGGAUUCCAUUGAAACUGAUGCUUGGUUGGAAGGAAUUUUUUUUUAAUGGAAAACCAAUAUAUGAACAAGCCUCAAUUCAACCUUUGCCAAAUGAACCAAGCCCAGAACAACUUGUAGAGCUGAAUAAAGUGAAUCUGCUAGAUGAAAAAGAUUAUGGUGAAUACAAGAGUAUGUCAGGGGAAUGGUGCCCAGCUGAAGAGAACAGUGAAAACAAACCUCCUCUUAAUAAUAACAUACUGGGUCAUGUGAUUCAUAGACUGAUGGAGAUUUUCUAUCCUCCAAAACCUGAAUCUUCACCACCUGUAUUUCCUCGAUUUCCUAUCAAGGGAUGUAUUUUGGGAAAACUUUUUAGUGGAAAAACUACCUGUGUAAAGUUCAUUGAAAAAGUUUGCAAUAUCCGGGUACUGUCUGUUGAUACUCUGGUUCAGGAGGCCAUCCAAGCUUUUCUUAAAAAUGAAAUGAAAAAUGAACACAAUGUGAUUCCACAAAAAGUUGAGAGUUCUGGGGAACAAAAUGAGGUCCGGAAGAACUUAUCAAAAUCACCACUGAAAGUUCUAAAGAAACUCCAGAGAGAAACACCUGUCAAACCUAUUUUAGGCAAUUGUCCUGUCAAAAAGGAUCCAUCUGGGCAAGAGUUUAAAUCAGAUGACAGUCAGGAUGGCCUAUCCAAGCUGUCUGUUCGUGCCCAGCUUGGUGCUGCAUCACAGAAAUUGUUGAAGAAAGGAAAAAGUAUUCCCGAUGAAUUAUUAAUUGACAUCCUAUUGGAAGCCAUUAGGCAAACACCACCAGAGAAGGGAUGGAUUGUGGAUGGGUUUCCAAUGACAAUUAAUCAGGCAAAGCUAUUUGAAAAAGCCUAUACAGGGAUUGAUCCUGAACAAAAAGAUGCAAAUUCUGGAAAGCUCUCACUUGUUACAGAUCCCAGAGCCCCUAAAAAGCCUCCUGUUACCUCACCUGCAUUUGAUGUUUCUGUAUUAUUGGAUAUUUCAGACAUCGUGGUACUGAAACGUGUGGCUAACUUCAAGUUAGGUAAAUCAAAGUCAUCUCAAACUGAACAGGAGAACAAUAAAAAUUCAGAUGCUGAAAUCCUAGAAGAGAAGAUUGACUUAGCCAGGGACCAGGUCCUACACAGAAUUUCAGGCUUUCUAGACACGUGGCCAGAAUUAGAGAAAUGGUUUUCAGUCUAUCAAAAUAUUCUGGUGAAAGUCAAUGCAGAGACAGAAGAAAGUCUCGUGUGUGAAACAGUGAAGGAAAUUAUAAUGGAAGAAAUUGCCAAAAACAGGAAUAGAAGGUCUGCUCAAGAAAUAUCACCAGGAAAAAAGCUUUUAGCAGUUGCACAUCGAGAUCUGCUUCCUGCCAUUCCUGUGCCAGCACCACCAAUUGAACCAGGAUCAGACGAAUGGAUUUAUGUAGAUGAACCACUUCCCAAGGAGAUACCUGGUUUUUUGGUACCUUACUGGGAAAUGGUAGAAAGUGCGUAUGUGAAUACCAUCAAAACUAUACUUAGAUAUCUAAGAGAUGAACAGCACUCUGUGAUUUAUUACUUAGCAGAUGUUAGAAAAAAAUUCCAAAAUUAUUUGAAGCAUCCAGAUCUUAAGCAGGAGUUUGUAUCUCAGUGGCAAUCAGAUUUCAAUUCAAUUGCUGAUGACCUGCGAGAAGAUGAGGAAACAAAAGCAGAACUACACCAAAGAGUUACUGACCUAAGAGAUCAUCUAUGGGAUAUCUGUGAUAAGAGAAGGGAAGAAGCAGAGCAGGAGCGUACAGAUAUCAUGAAUGAUGGCUGGUUACCAGAUCAUAGGGGGAUUGCAAUGAACCAUUUCUUUUCACUUAUGCAGGUUGAAGUGGAUCGUUUUCAAGAUACAAAGAGACUUCUUUAUGACUAUUAUAUGGCAAUGGAAGGAAAAAUCCCAACAGAUGAUGGUCAAGAUUUUACUAGAAUCCCAUUGUUAGAUAUUAUUGAUGCAGAGCAGAAAGAAGAUCAAAGCAAAUCAAGAAGGAUCCCUCUGGUUUCUUGGAAAGUGCCUUCACCAGAAAUAAAUAUUACCAAGUCAAAAAGCAAGAGAACUCCACGGAAGAGUGCCAAGGAUGAGAAUUCUGAAAAUGGAGUGGCCACUUUUGGGAAAGAUCAAAAUCUGAUUACUGGUACAUGGCAAUCAGCAGUAACAGCAGUAUCAAAUAUGGUAACAGCUGAAAUACAGUCUCAAGAAAUGGAGAAAGAAAAAGAACAUCUUCAGCUAGAACUGAAAGAAGAUCUGAAAUCUUCACAGAUGCUGUCAGGCAAAGCUACUGGGAAAGGUGCCAAAGAUGCUAAAAAGCUUUCUCCCAAAUCAGCUACUAAAAAGAAAGGACCACCUUCUACCGCACCUGUGGUUGAAGUCAUUUCAGUUCCUAUAACUCCAGAAGAAUUAAAGAAACGAGAACUGACACUGAAAAUAAAGCAAGAAUAUUUCAGUGCCUUGAAACAUGAGGAGGUAGCUACAAAAUCUCGACUAGAACUUAUAAAAAAAAAGGCUUUAGCAUUUGUUGAAGACCUAACAAUGAAAGCAGAAGAGACAUAUAGAGAUAUGGAAAAGUGGCUUGGAUCCAGGUUCUUGGCAGAAAUGUCCAGUGUUGAAAAGCUGAUUGAGGUUGCACGACAUCAUAUUGAAAGUUCUAGCAAAAUCCAAUACGAAAUUACUUUAGAAGAAACAGAUUUUUUCAUCAGCAGUGAUGUAAAAGUGAUUCCUGACCCUGUUCCUUCACCACAUGUUUCACACAUAGAGACCUCUGGAAGUGGUACUCUAACUAUUUCACAACUUACUACACUUCACAAGCAGUUUCUACAGGUGGCACCUAAAGGUUUUAUACAAAAGAAAGUAUUUAUUGACAUUUUUAUGGACUUGAUUAAUUUGACUUUUGGAACAAAUUGCCUUCCUGAUGCAUGGAUGAGCUUAACACUUCCAGAUGAAAGAGCCUUAUUCGAAUGUUCUUUGCAGAGAUGCAUGAAUGGUGAAGGAACCAAUGAGGAGAGGUGUGCUGCUGGAUCUCAUAUGAACAAAAAAGAAGGACUGGUUGGGAAUGUGGAGGUUGGGGGUAGCCUUGGCUGUAGUGACAGCAAGAUGGUGGAGUUGAGGAUUCUGCGUGGAAGAAGCAGAGCAAUCAGUAGGAUUGCAACCCUGGACUUCAAGAGAGCUAAAUUUAGCGGUUUCAAAGGAGGGAUCCCAUGGGCUAGGAUUCUAGAAG